CGUUUUAUUGAAAUGUUCUGAACACACUGGCGGGAGAGAAGCAGAAAGGAGCUCCGGCUUUUAUUCUUAGUCCGGGAUUAUAUUUCCGCGGCGUACGAAAUUAUCCUUUCUGCAAUUAUUAUUAUUUUUUUAUUUUACAGGACGUAUACACGGAUCAAUAGGACGCUCGUGUUUUUUUUAUUAUUUUGUUUUUUGGGGGGCAUUAAAUUCAUCCACUGGUUUUCUCGGAACAAAAAAAGCUAGCUAGGGAAGCUAAUAUUUUGCUCUUUAUCCCGAGAAAUAUCUCCUAAAAACGUAUUUUUAUUAAACCAAACAACAUCAAGACAUCAGCAAAUAUUUUGAAUAUUUUCUUCGCGGGUUUACGACAGUUUGCGACCUUUUUUCCGCUUGUCGACUCACCAGCUCGUUGGAGGCUAAUGGCGAAGGUUCAAGUGUUAAACGUUGCUGUUUUGGACAACCCGAGUCCUUUCGGGAAUCCUUUUCAGUUCGAGAUCACUUUCGAGUGCAUGGAGGAUCUUCCUGAAGAUCUCGAGUGGAAGAUCAUCUAUGUGGGCUCGGCGGAGAGCGAGGAGUACGACCAGACCCUGGACUCGGUCCUGGUGGGGCCGGUGCCUGCGGGGAGACACAUGUUUGUCUUUCAGGCUGAUGCCCCGAACACAGGUCUGAUCCCCGAGAGUGAUGCUGUGGGCGUCACCGUGGUCCUGAUCACCUGCACGUACAGAGGACAGGAGUUUAUUCGCAUCGGGUAUUACGUCAACAACGAGUACACCGACGCCGAGCUCCGGGAAAACCCCCCUCUUAAACCUGACUACACGCAGCUCCAGAGAAACAUUUUGGCCUCGAACCCACGCGUAACCCGAUUCCACAUCAACUGGGAGGGAUGUUCUGAGAAGAUGGAGGACUCCGAGAACGUCGACCCGUCUCCAAACGUCAUGCUGCCUCCGUCAUGCCCCCCAGGGAAAGCACCUCCGCUCGGACUGAUGCCAGACAACUCCAUGGACUGCUUGUAGAGCCUCGGAUUCGUCCGUCAAGGAAUCAUCACCUUCACCAGCUCGUACACCUCAACCCCCCAAACCCCCCCAAAACCCCCUCUCCUCCGACACAUCAGAGGGCAGAUGUGCUGACUUUACCCCCCCCCCCCACAAUGGACAUCAGAGACGCACUCUUUAGUUUAUUCUUAUGUGUUUCAGGAUUUUUCUGGAUGUCAAUCAGCAAAGUUAGAAGUGUUUAUACUUUUUUUUUUGUUUCUUCUUCUUCCAGACUAAACCCCAUUUAAAGUGUGCAGGUGAGAUUGUACUAUACUGUAUAUAUGUUUACUUCAGUUUGUAUUCAGGCUCUCCGAAUAAAAUAAAUAUCUUUUGUUACGUGA